CGAAUGUCCUCAAAGCGAAAAAUCAGGAGACCCACACGCCGGUCCUGCGCCGUCAUCAGAAGGCAACACGCCGACGUCGUUGAUGAUGUCGUCAAGACGAAUACCCCGCACGACGUUGACAUUGGCAGAUGGCACAACCCGGUCUCUUAAUUGGCGUCCGGGCAUACGAGCAACACGGUGUGCACGAUAACCAUGUUUCGAUGGUCAACCUGCUGCUUCGUCAACCUGCUGCUUCGUCCUCUCGGGCAUAUGGCAGGUCAAAAAUCUACAACAACAAACCAUGGGCUCUGGACUGGGUUGGUGGUCUGCAUAGGCCUAGGUGUGGGGCCGUCGUCUUCUUGAGCGACGACAAUGGUGCGACGUGGUACUGCUGUGGGGGUGUUGAGAAAUCUGAGAGCGCUAGGAAUACCUACGACGGGAGGUCGUUCAGGACCUUUUUUCUUACGUCAGUUUUCGACAAGGAUGGCACAAAUUGGGUCAAGGAAGACAAGAAGGUCGGCCUUGACUUGCGGCUCUUUCAAGGCUACGGCGUGAAGGCUUUCUCCAUGAAAGCAUUUGAUGUGCGCGGAGAUGGCACCGAGCUUCGCAUGCUGGCUGCGGAACAGUUCCUCAGUAAAACGAACGGCUUCCGCGUCACUGGCUGCCUUCCUAUCGUUGAAAGUUCCUUGGAGCUCACCAAACCCUUGGUGAAAUUCAGCAGCCCGGCGGACCAACUGCCAGGCGUUGUUAAGGAGUACAGGGAAGCCUUCUCGAGGCUGCCUCUAGACCAGCAAGCCGACUACGCUUUCGUGCCCUUUGUCACGAGCUCGAGGAAAUCGCGACAGACGCCAUCCGCGCCGGUUGGGAAGAGGAAACAGUUGGUUGCUUGUCCAGCUCCGCCUUUUCCAGCUGCGUCGCCCUCGCCCUUGCCCACGGUGAGGGGAGGUCAUGAUAUCGCUCAAUGUUCCAGCGAGGCUACGGAGUAUGAUGACAUAAAUCUGUACGGACGCAAUGCUCCGCGUGACAGUGCCCUGAAUGGUGCGACUGCCUUCACUGAGCGAAACGAGGAGGAAGAAGAUGGGGGAAGCUGCGGUCCACGUGAAGACGAAGAUGACGACGAGUAUAUGGACGUUGGGGAUGAGAACAUGCAGGACCAAAAUAUGCUUGGCGAUGACGACGUCGAUGUCACGUCGGAGCAUGGCCCUGGCGACAUCCCCACCGGUUCUGUGGGAGCGGCUGUUGGUCGGCCCUUGUCGUCCCCUGCGAUAUGGCCUUUGCAAGGCGGGAGUCAGGGUGGGCAUGACUCGCAGGAGCAAGGAGGAUCAAAGUCGAGGAAAAGGACAAAAGAAACUUCUCCUUCUGCUUCUGCUCACAAGAGACAAGCGAGGAUUGACGCUGUUAAUGAGGCUCGUGGAGCUCUGGUGGCAUCCCAGGAGGUGAGACCUCCUCUGAAGAGCAGCCAGGGGGGAAGAUCUGGCGGUCGUGGCGGCGGCCUUGGUGGCGCAAGAAAAGGUAAGCAGAUAGUGAGGGCAGAAGAACUGCGGGACUCAGGGGAUGAGGGCGAGGGAGUGGGCCCUCGCAUGCCCGACGAUGGUGAUGAACCGCUUCAGCACGCUGCGCCCAUCGACAUGACGCGUUGUUUCUUCCUCGGGUACAAUGAGCGGGGUUUUGCUAAGCAAAAAGUCCUUCCUGUUCUUGUGGACGUCAUGAAAAUCAAACGCAUUCCCCGUGGGAAUAUUCUUUUCAACCACCACUUUUUGUCUGCGAACAUUGUGCGAGGCAUCGUGAAUGUCAUCGAGAGUUCCAUCACCACGGAACCGGGGGCGUGGGAUAGGCCUGACCUCGUGCUUGCGCCGGUUGACCGCAACGACAUUGUUGGCGGGCAGGUCGACGUCUAUGGCCUUCGCACGUACUCUAAGGUGCGGGUCGUCUAUUUUGGAGUUGACCAGACGCAAGGGUAUUUCAAUGUUUCCGCCUUCGACAACACGCGGGAAAAUGGGGCCAUGAUGUUGUCCUUCGAGGAUGUUGUCCGUGAUAUGCGGCAAUGGUGGAUCGAUAACCAUCGAAUCGAGGCCCCGAAAGACAAGGUCAGCAAUAAGGAUGCAGUCGCCGUUGCGCACCAAAAGAAGUGGCAGAAUUUCUUAAGGGCCUCCAUGGGGAAGGCAUGCGACAAGGCGUUCGUGAAGCAAGCACUCGAGAAUGAGUACAGUAAGGAUUGGGGCAAUAAACUCCGUGGCUACAUGAACCUCGCCACAUCCACCGAGGUUGUGUGGCCACUGGUCGAGAAGUUCUUCGAGAUGUUCAACGAGGGGAAGCUGUCAGUUGGCGAUGGUCCGCUUGACAUGCCGGGUAGGAUGGAGGGGCGCCAGCCAGGCCCGUACACUGACGAGACGAAGGGGCAAAGAACAUUAUACCAUUGCAUAUACGCGAGAGAUGGUCCCAAAGGCUCCACUGUGUCGUGGAAGGAUCUCUGUCCUUCCUACCUCAAAAAUUUUGGGGAUUUGACGUGCCGCGAGAGGGAAGUUGCACUGCUCCUCCUCAUGAAAGGGAAGGUGGUCGCGACGAACGUCAAGGUCAUGCCUCCGAGAGUGAAUACGGAGUGCCUCCUCGACAUCAUGCGCAAGGAACGAUAUAUGGUCCGUAUGUUUAACUACGUUGUUUUUCACACCGAGGGAAGGGCGGACGAUGAGUGGAAAGAUGCCUUCUUCAUGUCAUACAAGGACCUCAAAGACAGGUAUGGGCCGAACGAUCUGUGUGCAGUUGAAUGGGAGAAGGAACAGGACAAGUUGCAUGUCAGCAAAGUGAAGACGGUCCCUCGACGGCUUGGAGGGGUGGAGGAGGCAAGGCAAGGAUCAGGCUUGGGCCCUACGGCGGCAAUGUAUAAGGAGGCUCCGUUCCACUUUAAGGCGUUUGUAUACACCUCAAUCGAUAAGCUCGAUCUGCUUCGGGCGGAGGUCAAACGGGUUGCCUCCAGCGCACGUCAUAUCGUGUGGGAUAAACUUAAGAAACAAACAAUAUUGCUACCGGUGAUCAAACCGCCAGAACCUUGGAGGGGAGCUGCUCUCAUGAUUUCAUGCCUUCGGCUCAGCCGGCCUCCGUGGCCGCACAAGCAGUGCACAAGGAAGAUGACAGGACUACUGUUGUCGGGCCUCAAGAGGUUGACAUGACGUCAAUGCCGCAAAUAUCGGAAAAAUCCAUCUCGGUCGCCGCGGCACAAUCGUCCCCGCCCAUCGAGGUGUCAACGACGUUGCUGUCGGAUGCAGGUGUCACGUACGGGAGUUUAUUGAUAACAAAUGCUGCAAUGCAAG